AUGGGGGUUGGCGAUUAUGUCCACUCCAAAGAAGGUGGGCAGGCUCGCGGAGCCCCCGACCAAGCCACCCAGUCGCGCCAGCAACGUGCAGAACAAGCCAGAGUCGAGGUACCAGUCACCCAGCUGGUCGAUCCAGGUCUUCCUGGUGCCAAUGGUAGAGCUGGCUCGCUAGAAUUCCAGGGUACAUCUCAAUUUCCAAAUCAGCCCCGCAAUCUUCCUACGCAUGGGAUGCAGCGGGACAGGGACGUGUUUGACACGGACGUGGAGGCGAUUGAUGAUUCAACCGUGGCGGGGACUAGUGUCUACGGAUUUGAUGACAACAAAUCUCAGGCAGCGUCAAGUACCAAUGCUGCCUACACCAACCCCGAUCCACAAUCGAUGUACCAGCCCCAGCCUUCACGGCAUACUUACGGGUCUAACUGGUAUGAAGGUCUGGGCGACCAAGCCAUGAAGAAAGCCGGCUUUGAUUCAGAUGACUUUGAUGACUUUGGAAGCCAAAUGACUUCGUCUCUUGGCGGAGAUGGCGGGGAUAACGAAAAGCCCGACGAAGCACACGACUGGCAUGUGUUGCACAAACCGCGUACGACCGAGGAGCCAUUGAGCAAGCGCCUGGAGAAUUUCUGGUCCGCCAGCAGAAAGAGAACUUCUUCGCGGCAGCCUGUUACUAUAGAAUCUGACCCCGAGCCCCAGACUAAACCACAGCCUAAGUCUAAGCCGAGGAAAUUGGGUCAAAUGCUUCCUCCUACUGGGCCCAGGAAGAUUGUUCUCCCUCACAGCUCGUCAGCAACACCUAGGACACGUUUCAGUCCACCAAAGCCUUCACUUCUUGAACAACUCGACCAACAACUCGAUGCAUCACCUACUCGACAUGCCUCUCAACCUCCACCAGAUGUUGGGAGGACACUCAGUAUUACGUCGUUCCAAGAACAGACUGAUAGCGAGGGUGGAAGCGAUGAUGGCAUGGACCGUACCAUACGCGCGGAUGGACGACGGGAAAGCGGCGGGCAUUCAACCAAUGCCUUUGAUAUGACCAGUUUGACCGACCUAGACGUCGACCACACCAUGCAGGAUCCGUUUUUUGUGCACGAAUCGCAUGAGCCGUCGCGUCGUGGCCGUAGCAACACUGUCAUACAUUCCAAAAAGCGAUCACUUGAAGCAGACUACCCCCCAGAAGUGCUUUACCAAAAAUCUUUCUCCGAGCUGCAAGCUGAGCCCUUUGACAAAUCCCCCACCCCUCCUCCACCCGUCGUCAAAUCACCUUCCUUGCCACCAAACCCGCCACCUUUUGUCCCAGACACUCAGGAACCCAAUAAUGCCGUGUCUCAUCUGUUGGCUCUGACGGACGAAGAACGCCAGACUUAUUUGUCCCACAUGACCAUGGAUGAAUGGGAAGACUGCGGGGACCAAAUGAUCGACCGUUUCACUCAUCUUCUUUCAGAAAUGAAGAACCUACGGCGUGCUCGCCGUCGCACAGCUGCUGUGUUUGAAGGCGAAGUCAAGCGCCGCCAUGACCAAGUUGAAACACAAAGUUUGGAGUUGACGAAUAAAUUGACCGAGAUGAGAACCGGCGGUGCAGAGGUUCUGCGUGGACGCCACUCAUGA